CAACUGACAGAGCAGCCUGAGCUCUCCGACGUCCGCUAAACUGUUGGUUCUCCGCGGACUCCCGGACACCGCGCGUUUCCCCGCCAGCGCGCGCGGAUCCGGCUCAACUUCCCCAGGACAAGUGUUUUGGUCUCCACCUAGCUGAGGCUGAGCAAGAACUCGGGGUAACCGUGGGGUGACGGCGGCUCCAGGGACCCUUGGAGCGGAGUGGGGAGCGCACCCGACCAUCAUGCCGCGUUCGUUCCUUGUCAAGAGCAAGAAGGCUCACAGUUACCACCAGCCGCGCUCCCCGGGACCCGACUAUUCUCUCCGCCUGGAGAAUGUACUGGCGCCAGGCGGAGCAGACAGCACCUCGAGCGCAGGCGGGGCGAAGGCGGAGCCCCGGGGUCGUUUGUCCCCCGAGAUGCAGCUCACCGAGGCCCCCGACAGAGCCUCUGCGUCCCCCGGCAGCUGUGAGGGCAGCGUCUGCGAUCGGAGCUCGGAAUUUGAGGACUUCUGGAGGCCUCCGUCGCCCUCUGUGUCUCCAGCCUCAGAGAAGUCGGUGUGCCAGUCGCUGGACGAAGCUCAGCCCUUCUCCCUGCCCUUCAAGCCGUACUCGUGGAACGGCUUGGCGGGGUCUGACCUGAGGCACCUGGUGCAGAGCUACCGGCCGUGCGCGGCCCUGGAGCGCGGCGCCGGCCUGGGCCUCUUCUGCGAGCGCACCCCGGAGCCAGGCCAUCCCGCGGCGUUGUACGGCCCGGAGCGGGCGGCUGGCGGCGCAGGGGCUGGGGCGCCCGGGGGAGGCAGCGCAGGAGGCGGCGCAGCUAGCGGCGCGGGCCUAGGGCUCUACGGCGACUUUGGGCCCGCGGCGGCAGGGCUGUAUGAACGGCCGACGGCUGCGGCGGGCGGGCUGUACCCGGAGCGCGGCCACGGGCUGCAUGCGGACAAGGGCGCCGGCGUCAAAGUGGAGUCGGAGCUGCUGUGCACCCGCCUGCUGCUGGGCGGCGGCUCCUACAAGUGCAUCAAGUGUAGCAAGGUGUUCUCCACGCCACACGGGCUCGAGGUGCACGUGCGCAGGUCCCACAGCGGCACGAGACCCUUUGCUUGCGAGAUAUGCGGCAAGACCUUCGGGCACGCGGUGAGCCUGGAGCAGCACAAAGCCGUGCACUCGCAGGAACGGAGCUUUGACUGUAAGAUCUGUGGCAAGAGCUUUAAGAGGUCGUCGACACUGUCCACACACCUGCUCAUCCACUCAGACACCCGGCCUUACCCCUGUCAGUACUGUGGCAAGAGGUUCCAUCAGAAGUCAGACAUGAAGAAACACACCUUUAUCCACACUGGUGAGAAGCCCCACAAGUGCCAGGUGUGCGGCAAGGCGUUCAGCCAGAGCUCCAACCUCAUCACCCACAGCCGCAAGCACACAGGCUUCAAGCCCUUCGGCUGCGACCUCUGUGGGAAGGGCUUCCAGAGGAAGGUGGACCUCAGGCGGCACCGGGAGACGCAGCAUGGGCUCAAGUGAGCGCCCUGCCAGGCCACAAGCAGCAGUUACACAACACUAGGGAGGGCUGCCUCCCCACUUGCCACCACCUACUUGGACUUCAGGCGCCCCAGUCCAGUCCGCAGAUCCCACCUGGGUGAUCCCCCUUCACCGAACUUCCUGGAGCUGCCAGAGAGGAUAAGUUACCUUUUCAAAGUCCAUCCUGGAGUGGGAACCAAAUGACUCACUGGGCUUUGGACACACCGAAGUGCUCCACUAUACCUGAAGACUCAAAGUCAAGAGGGCAUCAGAUAAAACCUUGGGCCCCACCAGCUUCCCUUUCCCAGCCCUGCUCCAUGGACAGGAAGUUCCUUCAAGUGUCUUCCUCCUCCUGACCCACCCCAGACACUUGUGUGGAACAGGAGGAAUCAACACUUACAAGGUAGACACAAGCUAAUGUUUUUAUCUAGAAUGAAGAAUGAGUGUUAUUUUUGUUUUUUUCCUUCUGGGGAGUCUGUUGACCCCUUUCUGUUGGGUGCUGCCUGUAAAUCUUGGAAGGAUCAUUUCUCCUACUUGAAGAAUGGUUCAGAAACUGAUUUGGGGAAGUAGUUUCAUGCUUUUGAAAUUACAAGAUACACUGUAGAGCCUACCCCAAGAAGGAGCUGAAGAACAGUGGACUUGGUGAUGAGAGGAGAUUAGAGGCCUCCGGGAGGCCUGCGAAGGCUGCAUCGGAGGAGGUGGAAGCACAGAGCAAGCCUUUGGACAAAAUAUCCAUUCACUCAGCAAAUGUUUAGUGACCACCAGUUACCAUGGUAUCAGCCCUACGCUAGGUAAUGGGGAGCCAGAGAUUAAGGUCACAGCCUCUGCCUUGCCUUUCAAAAGCUAACAGUUAUACCUCCAAGUGGCUGGGUCUGUUCUUUCCCUCCAAAGGAAAUCCAAGAGGACAAAACAGAAUUUUGAACCUCCCCUUCUGACCUGUUAGGAUUUUAUCAAGCAUAGACAAAACAUAGCUGAACAGAUACUUCAAAAGAUUUGUGUGUAUAUUCACUUUUUUAUUGUUAAGCUGAUUUUUAAAGAUGUCUAAGCUAGCAGGUUUGUGAGAGUGAAGGCUGUCUUCAACUCUUUGGCCCUCCAUGUGUACCAUAGAGAAAAACCAUGAUAUUUUCCUCUGGUGAGGUUUGUAAAUGUUUUUUAGAUCUUCUGGAGUGCAUUAUGUUUGUUAAUACAUAUUUA